AUGGCCGCUCCACCCUCACCCGCCGCCUCGCCCUCCGCCUCCCCAAUCUUCAUCCGGAAGCCCCAACCCGUCCCCUGGACCCACGAAGAGACCGUCCACCUGAUCCAGGCCUACCAGGAAAAAUGGUACGAGCUCCGACGAGGCCAGCUCAAGGCCUCCCAAUGGGAGGAGGUCGCCGUCACCGUCGCCGCUCGCUGCGGCUACGACUACACCGAGCAAUCCAAGACGGCCACCCAGUGCCGCCACAAGAUGGAGAAGCUCCGCCAGCGCCACCGCUCCGUCAAGAAGCGCCUCGGCCGCAGCUUCGGGUCGGGUUGGCCCUACUUCGACCUCAUGGAGCGGCUCGAACAGGGCCCCAUGCCCAUCUCCUCCAGGCGCCCCUACCAGGAAUCCGACGAAGAAGAAGAAGUGGAGGAGGAGCAUGAUGUCGGCGGCGGAGACGAAGUUGAUGAGGAGGAAGAAGACAACUACCGGAAGUUACAGAGUCUUGAUUACAUUCUGAGGAGGCCUGCGAUUGUGAACAGAUUUUCGUCCAGGGCGACGAGAGAGGGGCAGUUUCGGAACUCGGCGGGGUCGAAAAGAGCGAGGGAGGCGGCAGGCGAUGAAGGCUACUACGGUGAUGUGGUGGACGGGCAGAGAGGAACAGAGAUGGUGGCGGAGCUGGCGACGGAGAUAAGGGCAUUUGCCAAGAGGCUUAUUGGGGUGGAGAACAUGAGGAUGGAGAUCAUGAGGGAGACAGAGAGGUGUAGAUUAGAGAUGGAGAAUAGGCGGAUUGAUAUGAUUCGUCAAUCGCAGCGCAAAAUCGUCGAUUCCAUUGACAGGGCGUUCGCUCUCGAUUGA